AUGUGGGAAAAUUUGGAAUUUCUACGUGAACCUUUAAAAUCAGAUAAGAAACGUGUUCUAAUUGACGUGUUAUUGUGUUUAAAAGGAGCAAUAAUUCAUCAGAAUCUCAAUUCGUCAAUUGUUUUACCUUACGGAAACUUAUUAGCCACAUUGAAAGUGAGUUCUAUUCUAGCUAUGAAAAUUCAUUGAUGUUUUCAGGUGUUAAACAAACAUGCCUCAAGUAGGGAAUGGUAUUCCAUCUGAAUCGAUUCCGACGCCUUUGUUGAUUGGUUUGGGAAUAGGCGCUGUUCUUGGUUUUGUUGCACUGAUUGUUCAUGUGAUUCUUGUCAAAAAUCUUGUCAAACAACGUCUCAAACAUAUACCGCGAGCAAGAAAAGCCAAGAAGGGAAAGAAAGGAAAGAAGGGAAAGAAGGGGAAGAAGGGAAAGAAGAGUAAUUCAACAUCGGGAGGAACAACUGGAACAACAAGUGGAACUACUGGAUAA